CCACUGGGGGAAAGGAGAGGGAGGAGCCAAUUGCGGCGCCCCCUGCCCUGUGACCUUUCACCCCACGGCCCUUAGUUACCGCGCAGAGCGUCAAGAAGGGACUGAACCAUCAACGCUCUCAGAAUUCCAGACGAAGCUAUUAUUGCGCAGGGACAGGGGUGGCUGGCAGGGCGCCGGGACAGAUUGCCUAGCGAGCCUCCCCGUUGAGGAGCGGUCGCUGACUCCCCGCCCCAUUUCUCUCUCGCUCUCCUCCCGUCCAGCCUCGCGGUGGUCUCGCCCAGACUCGGUCUUAGCGACAGCGGCCGCAUCACGGGAAGAUGGCGGCUCCGGCCCUUGUGCCGAUACCGGCUUCGUGAGCGCGGCACCCGCAUCCCGCCCCGCCGGGCGCAGGGAUCAUGUCGGACUCGGAAGAGGAGAGUCCGGACCGGCAGCUCAAGCUAGUAGUGUUGGGGGACGGCACCUCCGGCAAGACAUCUCUAGCCACACGUUUUGCCCAAGAAGCUUUUGGGAAACAGUACAAACAGACUGUUGGACUGGACUUCUUUUUGAAAAGAAUAACAUUACCAGGAAAUUUGAAUGUUACUCUUCAAGUGUGGGAUAUAGGGGGGCAAACAAUAGGAGGCAAGAUGUUGGAUAAAUAUAUCUAUGGAGCUCAGGGUGUCCUUUUGGUAUAUGACAUUACCAAUUACCAGAGCUUUGAAAAUUUAGAAGACUGGUAUAAUAUGGUAAAGAAAGCAAAUGAAGAAUCAGAAAUUCAGCCACUUGUGGCUUUGGUGGGCAAUAAAAUUGAUUUGGAGCAUAUGCGAACAGUGAAAGCUGACAAACACCAACGAUUUUGCCAGGAAAAUGGUUUCAGUAGCCAUUUUGUGUCAGCCAAGACAGGCGAUUCUAGAAUUGCUGCUGACAUACUUGGCAUCAAAUUAAACAAAGCAGAAAUGGAACAAUCACAGAAAAAAGACGAACUCAGAAGAUUUUUCUGGUUAAAAAUAAUAAAUAACAUUGUGGACUUCCAUGAUUUUAUGCAUGACAAUCUCAGCUUCCAUUUAAAAAGUUUAUUAUUCUUAUGGAGAAAAACCUGAAAAUGUGACUCAAGUGCAUCCACUAGGUAAAUAAAAGCAACUUUAAACUUACUUAUUUAUUUUUGGGAAAAUAGUUUCUAAGUUAAUAUCAUGAUUUUGCAGGCCUUCACACUCAAAUGUUCAAAGAUUAGCCAUAUAAAACCUUGUGCCAUGAUGGAAGGAGCUCUUGGUCCCGUUAAAAUCAACAGCAACUUUCUUGUUGUUGACUUUAUUAGGUACAAGUGCAGUCUUUUAGAACAUGGUGCCUCCUAAUCAAACCUCAAGUCAAACACCAGAUAAAACAAAAGUAGACAGCUAUCUACAUAAGCCUGCCUGAAACUUGAGCACGUUUUCAAGGCGAAAGAGCCCCAAAACAAAGAAUUUACACAUUACAUCUUAUUUUCAGCCCUCAAAUUCCGUACUCUUAAAACACAAGGGGCUUUUGAAACUUAAGGAAAUGGCUUUUUUACUAAUUAAAUGUUUUUCUUUCAAUAUUUUUUACUUCCAGCAUAGAAACUGCAUGAGGUACAACUUUGUUUUUGUGCACUGGCAAGAAUUAACAUUUUUCUAAGUGAUACAUGUUUUUUUCUUUAACCAAAUGCCAAUUCAGCAUAGUAGUAUUAGAGUGGCAGCCUGCUACAGUAAAGUGUUUGGCAUUAAAGCAAGAUCUGGAAUUCUGCACACCUGCAGCAAAUAAACAUACGGAUCUGAUUUUUGAUAGAAAUUGGAGCCUUGGCUAAUACUUCCAAUCUUAUAUAGAGAUGAGAGAGAGUAUGUGUGUAGCUAGUGGGAAAAAAUUGUGCAUGCUGUUUCUUCACUUAUUUAGCUGAAAUGUCUUUAGAAAAUCCAAGUCAUUUAUGUUAGUCAGUCUCUUGCCACAAAGUGACUUAAACAUAGAUCACUAACCUAGCUAUGUUUACAUGAUGGGAUUUAAACCAACAUUUGGGGGAGCAAUUAAUUGCGUACUGAUUGUAAGGAUCCUUUUUCUUCAGUCUAGCAGAGGGCUUGGUAUGAAAUUGGGUCCUCUGAGGUCAGAUAACACUGUUUAAUGCUGAAUCCCUGCUAGCGCCUUGCAUGGGAUUUGACAACCCUUUCAUUGAUAACAUCAGGCCAGAAGUGUAGUGAAUCAUGACUCUUGUCCACUAGAUAAGAUAUGAAGUUGAUCAAUUAAAACUUAAGCAGAGUACUUCAGCAGCUAAUAAAUCUAGACCCUCAACCACCUAGUUCAAUUACUAUUGCUUGUUUUACAUAUUUUCUUUAUUUACAGAGGUUAUCUUCAACAAUGUUUAUAUAUUCAUGUCCAUAUUAAAUGAUGUUUCCUUAAAAAAUAUAAAACCAUGUUCCUCCAUUUUUGCCUUGUUUGUAACAAACAUAUAUUUUAAUUAUGUCAGAACUAAAAUAUUAGGACAGAGAUAGUCCAGUAGUCUCAGUCCAAAUAAUAACUAUCUGUAGGUUUCCCCUGCCAUUUUGCAUUACUGUUUUAUUUGUAUAUUUGUAUUUUUCUCCUGUUAGCAUAAAUAUAUUUUUUUAUUCUGAAGACUUUUUAAUUAACAUUUUUGUAAAGGGUAACAUGUUUUGGCAGAGGAUUGAUUGUUUUUACUAUAGGCAAAUAUUUGACAAAGAACAUUGAAGGAAUUCUUUUAUUAAGCCUGAGUGAAAUUUUCAUUUAGAGUCAUUGGAGUUCAACCAUAAAAUGCAGAUAAGCACAUCCUCUACUUUUCCUUUUGCAAAUUGCUUCAGGAAAACUUGCAGGUGAAGAACAGUUGACAAGUAAAACAUGUUCUAACUGAAAGCGUAAGCUUUCACUUUGUCAUUUUGGAAAUGUUUUUAAUUGUACUACAUUUUUGUAGUGGGAAUUUUGCAUGCAUAUUUUUAAUUCAAUUGUUACAAUUGUGAAUAGAAGUGGAUUUAUGUAGCAUUUACAUUAUUUAGAGGCAAAAACAAUAUCUGUCCUCUUUCUCCCCUCACCCCCUUUUUCAAUCCUUUUUUGUGUCUCAGCUGUAAAACAUUUUUAUUGGGUGCUUAACCUGAUUAUUUUGUAUUGUUUGUGGGGGGAGAGCAUGACUGGUGAUGAAUUUGAAGACUUACUCCAACUCCAGCUAUAAAACUUUCUGCUAGGUAUAUCUCUGUCUCUUAUUCAGCACAGCAUUUUUGUUUUGGUUAAUUGGCUUAACUUUUGCACUGACAUUUGUGUUAUUCAUUCCUUCUUUUCAGCUAUUGAUCUGUCUCUCCAUUGUCUUCUUUUUGUUUUUCAUUCUCCUCCUUGCUAUUUGUCCAUUAUAUUGACAUGUGGU